AUGACCACGCCAUCGCAACAGCCGUCGCUCGAGGCGAAGAGGGCCUUUUUUGCCCAUUUCAGAAGACUGUCGCACAGCGAAGACGAGGAAGAUGCCAGCCAAGAGCCCAACGCAGAGGGCCAGGCAGACGACGAGGACGAGCUGGAGCCGCGGGAGCAGCGCAUGCGCCACCGUCACCGGCGAUUCUUCCGCAACGCCUCGCCUGCGCCACAUCCAGGAUUGGAGGUGGAGGCGAUCCAGGAAACGUCUGAUGCCGAGGUGGUGGUGACGAGCUCGGCACGGGCAACGCCUUCUACGACCAACAAGCAGAACCAGACGCCGGCGGAGACGGGCGGUGGGAAGAGGAGCAGGAACGCAGUGGACGAGCUCCUGGACAGUGGCGGAGAGGAGGAGGAGGAGGAGGUUAUUGGCGAGACGCCGAUCGAUGCUACGAAAAGGCGACGAGGGCGCGCGUCGGCUGCAAGCGCAGGUCAGCUCGCGAACUACCACCCCCUCCCGCCUCCAAAGCUCGCUUCCAUCUCCUCCUCGUCGAUGCUGCGCGCGACCAGGAAGCGCAAGAGCAAGGACGACGCCCCGGCGCCUCGUCCCGAGGCGGAGCAGGUCCUCCGCGGGCUCGUCUUCUACUACGUCCCGGACGACGACGUGGCGCCCGCGCGCCGCCUGCGGAUGCAAAAGGCGCGCGAGUACGGCGCGGCGCGGACGAGCGACGCGGCGCGGGCGACGCACGUCGUGGUGGACAGGGGCAUCGGCUACCAGGACGCGGUGAAGGCGGUCGGGCGGGCGGCGGUGGAGGGUGGGGUGCCGGUGGUCAGGGAGAACUACCCAAUCGAGUGCGUGCAGUUCAGGGCGGUGCUGGACUGCAGGCAGAAACGGUACAGGCUGGCCGGGCAGCCGGAGGACGACGGGGAGCGGAGUGGACCGGAACCGCGGCCGGCCGGCGCUGAGGAGGAGGCGGCGGCGGCGGCGGCGGCGGCGGCGGCGGCGAAGAUGAGCACCAGGGACAAGUUGCAGCUUAAGGAGCCGCAGCGGAACCCGAAGAGGUGGGACUACGCGCCGACGUCGACGCCGCCGAACGCUGCGAGCGAGGAGUCGCCGGGGGUCGACUCGCAGCCUGUUGUGCUGGCGGGGGCGGAUGAGGCUGAGAUGGGACAUGGCGGCGCAGCAGCGCGGGCGGAGAGCGUGCAGCGGGACACCGCGGCCUCGGCGACCACAGCUCCGGCGACCGCGGUCCCGGCAACCACCGGUGUGAUGACCACCGCCCCGGGCGACGAGCUGACCAAGAUGAUUGACAUGAUGCAAGAGUUUAAAGACUUGCCUCUGGACAAUGACGAGGAUGAGGACGAAAAGACCACCGCGGCAAGCCACGACUCCGGUUCAGGCUCCGACCCGGACUCGCAGCGCCGAGCACCCGCUGCGAAAAAGGCGGACACGGUGCCGUUCGCGGAGCGCUUCGCGUGCGCGCGCUCUGGGACGCUCGACGCGCACGCCGCCAACCCGAACGCGCGCACCGUCGAGGUGCUGCAGGCCAUGCUGUCGUACUACGAGCGCACCGGCGACCAGUGGCGCGUGCUGGCCUAUCGGCGAGCCAUCGCGACGCUGCGGCGGCAGCCCGCGCUCGUCUCCACGGAGCGGGCGGCCCUCGGACUACCCGGCGUGGGCCCGCGGCUGGCCGCCAAGAUCGCAGAGGUGGCCACGACGGACCGCCUGCGGCAGUUGGACAGCGUGACCGGCGGCGGCGGCGGCGGCGACGCGCAGGACGAGGCGGUGCGGCUGUUCAUGGGCGUGCACGGCGUGGGCCCGGCGCUGGCGGCGCGCUGGGCGGCGCGCGGGCUGCGCUCGCUGGAGGAUCUCGGCGAGGUGCGGCUGACGCCGGGGCAGAGGGUGGGCGUGCAGCGCUACGAGGAUCUAAACACGAGGAUACCGCGGGACGAGGUGGAGGCGCUGGCGGGCGUGGUGCGCGCGGAGGCGGCGCGGCUGGAUCCCCGGUUGGCGGUGAUGGUCGGGGGCAGCUACCGCCGGGGCGCGUCGUCCUCGGGCGACGUGGACCUGAUCCUCACCCGGCCCGGUACCACCACGGGAGCGGAGCUGGUGUCGGUGCUGCGGGCGCUGAUCGGGAACCUGCGGGAGGCCGGGUUCCUGGUGGCCACGCUGACGGCGGGCGAGGAGUCGGGCGUGUGGCAGGGGUGCUGCGUGCUGCCAGGCGACGGCGGGGGGAGGUGGCGGCGGAUGGACAUGUUGGCGGUGCCGGAGGCGCAGAUGGGCGCGGCGCUGAUCUACUUUACGGGGGACGACGUGUUUAAUAGGAGCUUGAGGCUGCUGGCGCGGAAGAAGGGGAUGAGGCUGAACCAGAGAGGGCUGUACAGGAGAGCGCUGGGGACGGCGGCGGAGGGGGAUCUGGUGGAGGCGAGAUGCGAGAGGAGGAUAUUCGAGAUUCUGGGCGUGCAGUGGCGGGAGCCGACGGAGCGGUGGUGCUGA